ACCCCCAGCAGAAUUCUUUGCUUAAGAGGAGGCAGAUUUUCACCUACUGAAUAAGACUCUGGACUCGCAUUGAUGCUUCUCGGUGUUGUCUUGUGUACUCUCCUGUGCCGGAGUGAAUUUUAUGCCCGGACUGCCUGGUGACAGAACAUCGCAGUUGUACCGGUUUGGGAGCAAAAUAUGGAAUGUGUUUCACUGCUGACCGAAGGCAGCCAAAUGAACAGUAUUUAUAGUAGUUUGAAAAUCAGCAGUUAGCAGUUUCUUCACAUUCUAACACUACCCAGCACUUUCCAGAGAGAACUCAUUGUUUACAAGAAAUCUGCUUUCCAAAUCCGUUGCGGUGCCCUCCAGCCUUGACUAUUAACUAUUUGCAAAGGGGAAGCUAAUCUACGGUUUGGGGAAAGAUGGCAAUGGAUGAGUACCUGUGGAUGGUCAUUGUGGGGUUUAUCAUUGCUUUUAUUUUAGCUUUUUCGGUUGGUGCAAAUGAUGUUGCAAAUUCUUUCGGCACGGCUGUGGGCUCUGGUGUCGUUACUUUACGCCAGGCUUGCAUUUUGGCUUCAGUUUUUGAAACCACUGGCUCAGUAUUACUGGGAGCAAAAGUAGGAGAAACAAUUCGGAAAGGUAUCAUUGAUGUUAACCUGUACAACGAGUCUGUCCCACUGCUGAUGGCAGGAGAAGUGAGUGCAAUGGUUGGUUCUGCUGUUUGGCAGCUAAUUGCAUCAUUCUUGAAACUCCCAAUAUCAGGGACCCAUUGCAUUGUAGGUGCUACGAUUGGAUUUUCUCUGGUGGCAAUUGGCACGCAGGGUGUCCAGUGGAUGCAGCUUGUCAAGAUUGUUGCCUCUUGGUUUAUUUCCCCACUGUUGUCUGGCUUAAUGUCCGGAGUCCUCUUUGUGCUGAUUAGAUUCUUCAUUUUAAACAAGGAAGACCCCGUGCCCAACGGUCUCCGUGCACUUCCAGUGUUUUAUGCUGCUACCAUAGCUAUUAACGUGUUUUCCAUCAUGUACACAGGGGCACCAGUACUGGGACUGAUACUGCCAAUGUGGGCCAUUGCUCUAAUAUCAAUUGGCGUGUCCUUAGUAUUUGCUGUCUUAGUCUGGAUUUUUGUGUGUCCCUGGAUGAAGAGAAAAAUAGAAAGCCGGUUAAAGAAAGAUGCUGCACUGUCAAGGAUAUCAGAUGAAAGUCUUGAUAAAAUUCAAGAUGAAGAAACACCAGUCUUUAAAGAGCUUCCUGGUGCCAAAGCAUCUGAUGAGAGCACGAUUCCCCUUACUGGCUCAGUAACAGAAGCUGCUGGGGCAUCAGAUACUAUUGCAAAUGGAAACCAUCCACGUGUACCGUAUGGAAGGGCAUUUUCGGUGACGCACACCUCGGUGAAAUCACCUGUUUCCAAUGGCACCUUCAGCUUCGAUGGCCAUGUGAGGAGCGAUGGCCACGUUUAUCACACUGUGCACAAGGACUCAGGUUUAUACAAAGACUUGCUCCACAAAAUACACCUUGACAGGGCCAAUGAUGAAAGGCCCACUCCAGAAAAUAACUACAAACUGUUACGACGCAACAACAGUUAUACUUGUUACACUGCUGCUAUUUGUGGCAUGCCCGUGCAUUCCUCCUUUAAGGCAGCAGAUACGUCAACUCCAGAGGACAGUGAAAAGUUAGUGGGAGACACUGUUUCCUACUCCAAGAAGCGAGUCCGCUAUGACAGCUACUCCAGCUAUUGCAACGCAGUGGCUGAGGCAGAGAUUGAGGCGGAGGAAGGUGGGGUGGAAAUGAAGUUGGCCUCUGAACUUGCAGAACCUAACCGGCCCCCGGUUGAUCCUGUGGAAGAGGAUAAGGAAGAGAAAGACACAUCUCAGGUCCAUCUACUUUUCCACUUCCUCCAGAUCUUAACAGCCUGCUUUGGAUCCUUUGCCCAUGGAGGUAAUGAUGUCAGCAACGCAAUCGGUCCCCUCGUCGCGCUCUGGCUUAUCUACGAGCAAGGUGGCGUAAUGCAAGAAGCGUCGACUCCCGUCUGGCUGCUGUUUUAUGGAGGUGUUGGGAUCUGUGUGGGUCUCUGGGUCUGGGGUAGAAGAGUUAUCCAGACCAUGGGUAAAGACCUCACUCCAAUCACACCAUCAAGUGGAUUUUGCAUUGAAGUAAUGUGUGCGCUAACGGUACUUGUAGCCUCAAAUAUUGCCAAUGCCAUCAUUGCUGAUACCUUUUAAAUUUCAGGAAGGACUCGGAGACUAGCGUACGUAGACUGCAGGCUUACUCAAUAAGCAAUGCUUCUUGUUGCAAGCAUGACAGAUGGAUGCUAAGGACAUGGAAAAUGGAAAGCUGAGCCUCACAGCUGAGCUGCUGGAAAACCAAACGCUGUUUCCUUGAAUUAAGGCUUUGAUAUAGGCAGAAAUGUGGGGUUCCUCUUCACUGGGCUCCUCCUAAAUACAGAAUAGCAUAUUAUCCACUCAAGCAGUAUUCAGAUGAAAUAUUAUCCAAACAAUUUCCUUAUUGGAUCAAGCUUUAGACAGAGGCCUUACUGGUCAUAGAAUAUCAGAUUUAGUUUUCCCUUGUUCCAUCACAGGCACCCUAGAGUUACAAGGUCUUCCACAAAUAACUGUUCUCCAAAAAGAAACAUUAAGCAAUAGUUAGAAGCUAAGUAGGUAUAAACAAAAAAAAUGGAUUUGAUAUCUCCAUCCCGUCUUUCCCUGAUUCCUUGUCCUCCUAGCAUUUAUCAUUUUCCUGGCUCUGUACAUGGGGAGCAGCCCGUCUUUUGAUCUGUAGGCAGGGACUGAUACUCCCAUUAAGAAAAUAAGUGGGUAGGCAGGGAUGGCACAUGCUCAGCUGUGUCUUGGAGUUUCCUUACCUUCAAAACAGGAUAUUCCUUCCACAUUUCUUGCUGCUUUACCAUGCACUUUGAAUAGACAUGCACAUGUUUUUGCUAACAGCAUGGAAAGCCACUUCCAGGGCAGAAAGAAAAUAGAGAGUUUCUGAAGUUUUUGUAUAAUUUUUCACUGAAAAUGGUUUUUUCAGCCCAGUUUUUUUCUUAAGAACUAAUAUGCUGGGUUUAUACCUGAGCUUAUGGACUGAAAACACAGUCAAAGGAAGAAAAGGUUGCAGCUUUGCCAUGCUACAAUGUGUUUUGUCUACAAAACCACUGACCUACCCCGCUGCCCUAGUAGCCAUGACUUUGAAGGAUAUUUUGGUGGUUCAUCCACUUCCCCACCAUUGUCUUGGUGUCUGUGCAGUUUGUGUGCCCCAAAGCAUCAGGCUGAUGUCUUUGUCUGCACGGAGGAUUUUAGCUCUGGAUGCUUUGCUUGGCUAGCUGGUCCAAAAGGGCUGGUUUUCCUCAGAGGGCUUGGACUGAUGAGUUUGAUGUACUGCAUCUAACCUUGCACUGUCUAUCUGUCCCCUGCCAAGUCACCCUCACUGUCACAGGGUGGACUCAGCUGCUUACCUUGCCAUUGCUGUCCUGUUUAUAGCCCACAGUAUUAAAAUACAGAUAUGCUGUUUUGAGUCACCUCUCUACGCUGGGCUGUAAGCUGCAGAGGUUCCGCAGCUGCUGGGUUUGGGCAGGACAUCCCAAACCAGCAAGAGGGCAGGCAAGCGGGACAUACUAGUUCUCCUGACCUGCCCCAUGCAACGCUCUCUAGCAGAGCCCUAAAAACAGCUCUCCUGGUUUUUUCAUAAUUUAGACUGCAGUCUGGCCAGACUUGGUGGACACUUGCCCUACACCCUGUGGACUGAGAGUAAGGUGGAGGGCUGCCUCAGUUCCACUGAUGGCUGAUGCAGGAGUUAGCAGGACAGAGAAAAACCUACAAACAUAUUUAUUUGCCUUUGGCCAACCCCAAGACUCACGAAAAACAGAUAGUUAAAAAUAAAGGUUAAAGCACCCUGGAAGUGUCACCCUGCUGCCACCACACCCAAACAGAGCCACUGUCAUCCUCAGGGGCUGCUUUAUCUCAGAGCAUUGCUUGGUAUCAGCUGGCUGGCAUUGGUGUGGUUGUGGACAUAUUACAGGCGCUCAGACCUACCCCUCACAUCUUGUCUCCCUCUCUCCUCCCCACACU